AUAUAAAUGGUAGGUGUUUAUUAAUAAAACUCAUUCUACUACUGUUGUACAUGCAGCAAUAGUGGGUUUUAAUUCAAUUUUAUUAAAUAAUAAAUUUAAAACGACAAAGUUGCAAUCAUGGCUAGAGUAUUUAUGUUAUUGUCUGUGAUAUUCGUCAGCGUUUAUGCGACGGAACAAGCAUACUUUUUACAAGAAGAUUUCAUUAACAAUAUCAAUGAACAAGCGACUACAUGGAAGGCUGGUAUGAAUUUCGACCCAAAUACUCCACAUGAUGAUAUCAUAAAACUUUUGGGAUCAAGAGGAGUGCAAAAUCUAGACAAAGUUAAUCAUAAACUGUACAAGACUCACGAUGAAGCGUACGACAACUUAUUUGGCAGAAUUCCUUAGCACUUCGAUGCUAGGAAUAAAUGGGUAUAUUGUGACACAAUUGGAAGAGUGCGCGACCAAGGAAAUUGUGGAUCGUGUUGGGCGGUGGCCACGAGCUCGGCUUUUGCUGACCGUUUGUGUGUAGCAACAACUGGAGAUUUCAACGAAUUUUUAUCCGCAGAAGAAAUCACUUUCUGCUGUCAUACUUGUGGUUUUGGAUGUCACGGUGGUUAUCCGAUUAAAGCUUGGAAACGUUUUAGUACACACGGUCUAGUAACUGGAGGAGACUACAACUCAGGAGAGGGUUGUGAACCAUACAGAGUCCCACCUAGCAAUGAUGGAAAUAGUUCAUCCUCAGAUCAACCGUUGGCAAUAAAUCACAUAUGCAGGAGACACUGUUACGGAAAUCAGUCAAUCGAUUUUAAUGACGAUCACAGAUACACACGUGAUUACUACUACUUAACAUACGGCAGCAUCCAAAAGGACGUUUUGACUUACGGACCAAUUGAAGCAUCGUUCGAUGUCUACGACGAUUUCCCCAGUUACAAGUCAGGUGUUUAUGUGAAAUCGGAUAAUGCAUCAUACUUGGGAGGACAUGCCGUUAAAUUGAUCGGUUGGGGUGAAGAAGACGGAACCCCGUAUUGGUUGAUGGUCAAUUCGUGGAACACACAGUGGGGUGACAAUGGUUUUUUCAAAAUUCGACGAGGCACGAACGAAUGUGGUGUUGAUAAUUCGACGACUGCUGGUGUGCCAGUGACCAACUAAUUGUUGAUUUUUGAAUAAGAACACUGUUAAACUUUUACCAUUUAUGUUUAAAUAAAAUUAAUUUUAUUGGGGAA